UACCAGCGAGAACGGCAAUUGGGGGGGGGGGGGGGGGGGGGGGGGGGGGGGGGGGGGGGGGGGGGGGGGGGGGGGGGGGGGGGGGGGGGGGGGGGGGGGGGGGGGGGGGGGGGGGGGGGGGGGGGGGGGGGGGGGGGGGGGGGAGGGGGGGGGGGGGGGGGGGGGGGGGGGGGGGGGGGGGGGGGGGGGGGGGGGGGGGGGGGGGGGGGGGGGGGGGGGGGGGGGGGGGGGGGGUGGGGGGGGGGGGGGGGGGGGGGGGGGGGGGGGGGGGGGGGGGGGGGGGGGGGGGGGGGGGGGGGGGGGGGGGGGGGGGGGGGGGGGGGGGGGGGGGGGGGGGGGGGGGGGGGGGGGGGGGGGGGGGGGGGGGGGGGGGGGGGGGGGGGGGGGGGGGGGGGGGGGGGGGGGGGGGGGGGGGGGGGGGGGGGGGGGGGGGGGGGGGGGGGGGGGGGGGGGGGGGGGGGGGGGGGGGGGGGGGGGGGGGGGGGGGGGGGGGGGGGGGGGGGGGGGGGGGGGGGGGGGGGGGGGGGGGGGGGGGGGGGGGGGGGGGGGGGGGGGGGGGGGGGGGGGGGGGGGGGGGGGGGGGGGGGGGGGGGGGGGGGGGGGGGGGGGGGGGGGGGGGGGGGGGGGGGGGGGGGGGGGGGGGGGGGGGGGGGGGGGGGGGGGGGGGGGGGGGGGGGGGGGGGGGGGGGGGGGGGGGGGGGGGGGGGGGGGGGGGGGGGGGGGGGGGGGGGGGGGGGGGGGGGGGGGGGGGGGGGGGGGGGGGGGGGGGGGGGGGGGGGGGGGGGGGGGGGGGGGGGGGGGGGGGGGGGGGGGGGGGGGGGGGGGGGGGGGGGGGGGGGGGGGGGGGGGGGGGGGGGGGGGGGGGGGGGGGGGGGGGGGGGGGGGGGGGGGGGGGGGGGGGGGGGGGGGGGGGGGGGGGGGGGGGGGGGGGGGGGGGGGGGGGGGGGGGGGGGGGGGGGGGGGGGGGGGGGGGGGGGGGGGGGGGGGGGGGGGGGGGGGGGGGGGGGGGGGGGGGGGGGGGGGGGGGGGGGGGGGGGGGGGGGGGGGGGGGGGGGGGGGGGGGGGGGGGGGGGGGGGGGGGGGGGGGGGGGGGGGGGGGGGGGGGGGGGGGGGGGGGGGGGGGGGGGGGGGGGGGGGGGGGGGGGGGGGGGGGGGGGGGGGGGGGGGGGGGGGGGGGGGGGGGGGGGGGGGGGGGGGGGGGGGGGGGGGGGGGGGGGGGGGGGGGGGGGGGGGGGGGGGGGGGGGGGGGGGGGGGGGGGGGGGGGGGGGGGGGGGGGGGGGGGGGGGGGGGGGGGGGGGGGGGGGGGGGGGGGGGGGGGGGGGGGGGGGGGGGGGGGGGGGGGGGGGGGGGGGGGGGGGGGGGGGGGGGGGGGGGGGGGGGGGGGGGGGGGGGGGGGGGGGGGGGGGGGGGGGGGGGGGGGGGGGGGGGGGGGGGGGGGGGGGGGGGGGGGGGGGGGGGGGGGGGGGGGGGGGGGGGGGGGGGGGGGGGGGGGGGGGGGGGGGGGGGGGGGGGGGGGUGGGGGGGGGGGGGGGGGGGGGGGGGGGGGGGGGGGGGGGGGGGGGGGGGGGGGGGGGGGGGGGGGGGGGGGGGGGGGGGGGGGGGUGGGGGGGGGGGGGGGGGGGGGGGGGGGGGGGGGGGGGGGGGGGGGGGGGGGGGGGGGGGGGGGGGGGGGGGGGGGGGGGGGGGGGGGGGGGGGGGGGGGGGGGGGGGGGGGGGGGGGGGGGGGGGGGGGGGGGGGGGGGGGGGGGGGGGGGGGGGGGGGGGGGGGGGGGGGGGGGGGGGGGGGGGGGGGGGGGGGGGGGGGGGGGGGGGGGGGGGGGGGGGGGGGGGGGGGGGGGGGGGGGGGGGGGGGGGGGGGGGGGGGGGGGGGGGGGGGGGUGGGGGGGGGGGGGGGGGGGGGGAGGGGGGGGGGGGGGGGGGGGGGGGGGGGGGGGGGGGGGGGGGGGGGGGGGGGGGGGGGGGGGGGGGGGGGGGGGGGGGGGGGGGGGGGGGGGGGGGGGGGGGGGGGGGGGGGGGGGGGGGGGGGGGGGGGGGGGGGGGGGGGGGGGGGGGGGGGGGGGGGGGGGGGGGGGGGGGGGGGGGGGGGGGGGGGGGGGGGGGGGGGGGGGGGGGGGGGGGGGGGGGGGGGGGGGGGGGGGGGGGGGGGGGGGGGGGGGGGGGGGGGGGGGGGGGGGGGGGGGGGGGGGGGGGGGGGGGGGGGGGGGGGGGGGGGGGGGGGGGGGGGGGGGGGGGGGGGGGGGGGGGGGGGGGGGGGGGGGGGGGGGGGGGGGGGGGGGGGGGGGGGGGGGGGGGGGGGGGGGGGGGGGGGGGGGGGGGGGUAG